AUGGCCGUGCCAACGGUGUUCCCGCUCUCACCGUACCCGUCUGCUCGCGCCAGGCAGUCCUUGCCCGCGUCUAAACUCAGCGCGCUCAACAGAGCCGUCGCCUCCACCCUCAGCCAGACUCUCGUCUUGCCUCCAGCGACGAGGGACACACCCGCGACUCGCGCAUUUCUCAAAUCUUAUGCAUCGGACGCGGCUACGCAGGCUUUGCACGAUCUCGUAUGGGGCACUCCGAAACCCCCAAGUACAUCAGCAGUCGAAAAGUCGAUACACCGGAAUAUUCUCCUCCUCGCAGAAAAGCUGGUCGAAAUCGAUCUCCAAACACUUGUUGAUCUGUCGGUGGUCUACGCAAGAAACCAUGCCUCACGGGUGAAGUCUAUUUUCUCAAAGACACGCGCUUCGAUAUUGUCUGAAGUCAACGACGAGCUUGUUCCUGCGUUUACACGGCUGUUUUCUACGCAAGGGAUCUAUGCCAUUCGGAAGGUCGCUCAUGUAGUCAAAUCCUUCAUCGCUUCAUGCACUCCCGAAGCCGUGGGGUGUUUUGCCCACAACAAACCGUUCAUACUGGCCCUCGCUCGUGCGUACGGCUCAGGACUCUCUGAUAUCGCGCGAUCAUAUGGUGGCGAGCAGAUCAUCACUGCACAGCUAUCCCCACCUGAGGGACAAACGCAGACACGCGCACUGGAUGACUGGGAGCGCCUAUGGCUCGAGACCAAGGUGGAUUUGAUCGACACAUUCCACAUUAUCAUGAAAGCCCUAGUAGACGACAUCGCGAAUGCUCAAGGUCGAGCGCUCGCUGGACAAUCCGAGCGGGUGUUCGACAUCGUGUUUUCCUUGAAGGAUAUGGAUAUGUCGACUCCUAGCCCCUCAUCUUCAUCUACACCCUUCGUCAAUAGCUCGUUGCUGGACGACUACAGUCGCACUUACGAUCUUUCGAAGACGUUGCGGUCGGCUCUGCAGCGGGCCUCCGAAGAUGAUGCUCGGCUAGAUCUUUUGGAAUCCUCUCUCACGGGCGUUAGCAGGGACGGGGCCGACAAUAGGGGUGCUUUGAAGUUAUUACUUCGAUCAUCUGGAAUAAACACCAAUUACUCCCAAGCCCCGCACGCUCAACACCUCAGUACUACCAUUUCCAGUUCCAAUGCUAGCAAAGGCAAAGGCAAAGCCCCUUCCGCGCCCGAGCCCCAGGAGGACGUCGCCGACGAUCCCAUCUUGCUCUCCCAGAUCUCGCAGAUCCACGACAUGCUCCCCCACAUCUCCGAAUCGUACAUCCGCGCCCUACUCCUCGCACCGGAUUCAUAUCCAUUUUCCGGGAACGUUGAGCGCGUUAUCGACGCGCUGUUAAAUGAGUCUGCCCCUGCAGAAGAGGACAUCGUUCCGCAUGUUGAGGAGACCAUGCGCGCCGAGGACGCUAAAUCUUACGAUGUAAUAGUAGGAAGUCGAGCGAAUGUUUUUGAUGAGGACGAGAUGGACCUGAAUCUUGUCAGAAAAGGCAAGGCUACAGUUGACGAAGACAUCCUUGUCCGCGACCGCACGUUUGACGAGAAGAUGAAAGCUGAUAUACUGCGGCUUGCGGAGGCCAUCGCCUUACAGGAUGAGGAAGAAGAAGAAGAAGAAGAAGAGAUUCUGGCAGCGAAUGCGAAUGCAAAAGGGAAGGGCAAAUCAACGUCCAUGCGUGCGGUUACGUUGGCGUAUGAAGACGAGCUGGACGAAACUGUGCACGGCGUCGUUGACGGCGAAGCCGAGUCAGAUACCGACGACGAAAACGACGACGAAGAAUCUGACGGUGACGAAGGGGAUGGAGUCCCCCGUGCGCCUGAGACCAUCCUCGAGCUAGCGUAUAUCGACAAUCCGAAGGUGUUCGACCGCGACUCCGGCACGCGUAGAAGUAAAGAACGGGCCGCGCUCAAAGCUCAAACCGGUUGGGAUGACAAUCAAAUCGAAGGCUGGAGGGUUAUGUUGGAUCGGAAUCCCAAGAAAGCGCAGAUACUUCAGAAACACGAGUUCGCGGGAAACAAGCCUACCGCGAACGCGUCUGCGUCUCAUAGCCAUCAAGGCGAGGAUGCUGGGGGUAACAGGGGUAGAGGCGGACGUGGUGACGGACGCGGUGGACGCGGGGGUAGAGGGGGUGGCAGGGGUGGCAAGGGCAGGGGUGGUGAGAGCGGAGGUAACACCGGCGAACGAGCUUGGAAAGACAAGAACAAGGCCAGCCAGGCGAACCACAACCGGAAGAGAGGCCAUGAUAAGAAGAUGGCACGUGUGGGUGGGCCUUCUGCUUAA